GGGCUGUGGGCGGUGACGGCGGUGACGAUGGCGACGAUAAGGAGAAGGAGGAGGAGGCCGAGCGCGAGCGACAAGAAGCGAUCCGCGAGGCCGAGGAACGGCGCAAAGAGAAGCAUCGUAAGAUGGAAGAAGAACGCGAGAAGAUGCGCCAAGAAAUCAGAGACAAGGUAAGUUACUCAGGUGGUGAUAGAUAG